AUGGCCUACGAGGCAGUCAAGAUAAAUAGCAUUGUAGCAACGAUCGGCUUGAUAGCUUCAGUAGUAGAGGCUCAUAUUUUAAUGUCCAACCCCAUUCCUUACGGAAAAGGCACCCUCAACAACUCUCCCCUUGCAGCCGAUGGCAGUGACUUCCCCUGCAAGCAGCGCCCAGGAGGAUAUGUUAUUCCAGAGAAAGAGAACAAAUACAGUAUUGGUGAGAGUGUCGCUUUAAGCUUGGUCGGUAGUGCCACACAUGGCGGAGGGUCAUGCCAGAUCAGCCUGACAACCGACCUGGAACCUACCAAGGAAUCGAAAUGGAUGGUGAUAAAAUCGUUCGAGGGUGGCUGCCCGGUUAGUACUGAGGGCAAUCUUUCUGGCGGUCCAACAAUAGUCACUCCCACCAGCCUUAGUUUCGAUAUCCCAGAAGGUAUCGAGCCUGGCAAAUACACCUUGGCCUGGACCUGGUUUAACCGUAUCGGGAACCGCGAGAUGUACAUGAACUGUGCCCCUAUCACUAUUGCCGGUAAAGGCGUGAACUACAACACGCCGGCAAGACCUCAGAAGGAUACCAAAGUCUCCGAGAAGAGAGCAGCUAGCUUCCCACCAAUGUUUGUUGCAAAUAUUGGGAACAAUUGCACCACACCGGAGGGUUUUGAUAUCAGGUUUCCGCAGGCUGGUAACUAUGUCGAGCGAAAAGGAGAUAGUUCUCACAUACUCCCUUACAAUAUUCCGGUAUGCUCUGACAGCGCAACUUCAGAUAUCGACGGCGGCAGCCCAAGUAGCGCACAACCUUACGAGUCUAGCUCUGACUCCCGCGCGACGUCUGCAGCCGACAGUUCUCCUAGCACCUGCUCCUCAGAGGACAAAUGA